AUGGACGCAUGCCAUGUAUUACUGGGACGACCGUGGCAGUAUGAUGUUGAUGCUAAGCAUGGUGAUAAGAAGAACGAGUACUCUUUCGUGUGGAUGAAUAAAAAGAUCAUCAUACCACCUAUUCCACCCUCUCCAAAGAGCCCCGAAGAUCAAAAUUCCAAACAUAUAUCUCUUUAUAACAAGGGAAAGUUUAUAGCUGAGUCAAAAGAGUUGAAGCAGAGGUUUGCCUUCAUGGUGAAGGAGGAAUUAAAGAUGCCCAUGGAGGUUCCAGAGAAGAUGAAGUCACUACUUAAGGAGUUCGAAGUGUUGAUUCCUGAAGAACUAUCCGAGGGACUUCCUCCCAUGAGGGAUAUUCAGCACCACAUUAAUUUUAUUAUGGGUUUAGUGCUUUCUAAUCUCCCUCCUUAUUGCAUGAAUUCAUAG